AUGUCACUAAUUAAAGAUAGUGAUAAUAAUUCUAGUACGAUAGACGAUAAUGAUAUGUUUGCAUUAUCAUUUGCAAAUAAUUCAAUAAAUUUAUUAGAUUCAAAUAAUAACGAUGAUUUUAUUCACCAAGAUUUUAUAAUGGAUCUCGAUACAACAACUGACAAUAAUAAUGCUACAAUCAUUACUCCAAAAGUUAAUUUUAUUACAGGUGGUUUUGAAAAUCAUGAUGUCACCACUAAUUUUAAUAAGAAUGAAAUUGAAUUUAAAAAUGAAAAUAGUAAUAACAAUAUUUUAUCAAGUUCAAAAGGUUCUUAUGAAAAUAUAAUAGAUUCAUAUGCAAAUGUUGCUCAACAAAAUUAUAGAUUAUGGUUAUCAUCAUUUUAA